UUUUCUUGGAGUAACUACUCAGUCGAGCUCAGCGCUCCCGCUCCAACUUCCAAAGCUUUGAGCAUCGCGGUGCUUAGGAACGACCUGCACAGAGCGGGGCAUCAAGGGAACCGUUUACACACAGACACCCACCUCUGCCUCGCCUGCACCGAGCUGACCGUGUCCUCCCACAGCCAGAGCGCGGCAGGCACUAUCCGGGCCACGGUGACGCUCAGAAUCCAACGCGGUGCCAUUGAGACGCGGCUGUGUGGGCGGCGGGCGUGACUUCCACAGCCGCCAAACUGAGGCAAGAGGAAUAAACCUGGCGCGGAUACAAAGAUGACGAUGGCACAGUUUUCAAAAUCUGGGCGGGAAACGUUUGAAAUGGAUCGCUCCUUUCUUUUUCCUUUGCUUGACUGACUCCGCGCGUUUUUGCAUCACUUUCCGGUCGCGUAGCCAGCCGUCGCCUGGAAUCCAGCUGCGCUCCGACUUUCCGUACGGUAACAUGGCGCCUCCCUGUUCGCGUCUGGCCAGGCCAGGCUCCGAGCCGCUGCCCCGCGAGAACCCUCGGCCAGCACCUGGCCGCGCCAUCACUUUCCGUACAGCAACAUGGCGCCGCCCAGCUCCCGAGCAGACGCUCAGUGAGCCAUUUCGGCCUGCAGGGGACUGAGCCUUCUGACUCUCCGUACGAAAACAUGGCGCUGCCCUAGGCUGGUCAGGCGCCUCUCCACUAGCCUCAGUCGGCCCGUUCCCAACGCUGAGGAGCAGUCACGGUGGCGGCUGUCCAUCCGAGCAGGGCAGCGAGGACCGCCCGCAGAGGGGCGAAGGGUGAGGCGCCCGAAGGGCAGAAGAGGAGCGGACCUCCCUGCCGCGCAUCGCUCUCGGCUCCCGUCCCCUGCGCCGUCCCGCCUGACUCGCGGCGGGAGCGACAGGAGGGACCCUCGAUUCCGCGACAGGAGAACAGCCGGAGAGCGGCGCGCGCGAGGCGACAGGAAAGUGAAUAAACUUAAUUGAGAAUGUCUGAAAACUUUGACAAGUCCAAUGUAAAUGAGUCAAAUGAUUAUGAGAAGGGCCUCGAUGGUGCUGUGGAACAUUCCGGUGAAGCUGUUCAGAAAGAUGUAACAUUGGACUCUUCUAGUCCCCAGAGGAUGCAGAGACCUCACUCCAGUCCACCUCGGUUCGUGACAGUAGAAGAACUUCUGGAGACAGCGAAAGGAGUCACCAACAUGGCGCUAGCCCAUGAAAUCGUGGUGAAUGGAGACUUCCGGAUUCGACCCGUGGAAUUGCCAGAGGACAGCUUGGAGAAGAGAGUAAAGGAGAUUGUACAUAAAGCUUUCUGGGAUUGCCUGAGUGUCCAGCUAAGUGAAGACCCCCCAACAUACGACCAUGCCAUCAAACUUGUGGGAGAGAUCAAAGAGACACUUUUAUCUUUCUUGCUGCCUGGUCACACUAGACUGAGAAACCAGAUAACAGAAGUCUUGGAUCUGGAGCUGAUAAAGCAGGAAGCAGAGAAUGGAGCCCUAGACAUUUCUAAGCUGGCAGAAUUUAUUAUUGGCAUGAUGGGGACACUCUGUGCACCUGCUCGGGAUGAGGAAGUUAAGAAACUAAAGGACAUUAAGGAAAUAGUACCCCUUUUCAGGGCAAUGUUUGCUGUGCUGGACCUCAUGAAGGUGGACAUGGCCAACUUCGCCAUCAGCAGCGUCAGACCACACCUCAUGCAGCAGUCGGUUGAGUAUGAGAGGGAGAAGUUUCAACGACUGCUGGAGAGGCAGCCGAAUUCCUUGGACUUUGUCACCCAGUGGCUAGAAGAAGCCUCUGCUGACCUUAUGGCUCAGAGGUACAAACAUGCCCUGCCGGCCCAGGGAGAGGCUGCUGGCUCCGAGGACGCCCUGGUGCCGAGUCCGGUUUCCAUCCAGAACCACGCCUACCUGAAACUGCUGAAGUGGAACCACCUCCACAGACCCUUCCCUGAGACUGUGCUGAUGGACCAGGUGCGCUUCCAGGAGCUCCAGGGGCAGCUGGAGCAGCUGACCGUCCUGGGGGCCGUGUUGCUGGUCACGUUCAGCACAGCGGGUGCUAGUGUCUGCAGCCGGGCCGACUUUGCAGAGAGACUGAAGACGAUUGUGAAGGUCCUGCUGACCGACAUGCACCUGCCCUCCUUCCACCUGGAUGAAGCCCUGACCACCAUCGGGGAGAAAGUGUGCGUGGAGCUGAGGGGCUGCCUGGCACUGUGUGGGUCCCCAACCCUCUCCACCGACAGAGAGACUGUGCUCAAGGGCGGGAUCCAGGCUGUGGGCAGCCACGAUGACCCGGUCCGCAGGAUUAUGGAAUCCCGAAUCCUGACCUUCUUGGAAACCUACUUAGCCUCGGGUCACCAGAAGCCAUUGCCUGCAGUGCCUGGGGGGUUGGGGCCAGUUCAGAGAGAGCUGGAGGAACUUGCGGUGAAAUUUGUCCGCCUGGUCAACUAUAACAAGAUGGUCUUCUGCCCCUACUACGACGCGAUCCUCAGCAAGCUCCUGCGCUCCUAGCGCACAGGCGCCACUAGUCACCGGCUGUGUGUAUCUACGCUCAGCUCUACCGGCGCUUUGGAAAAUGGCUAAGUAGUACAAUUCUGUCCACAGCAUUCAUUCACGGGGAAGGAUAUUGUGUAUCACUGGUGAAAAGACUUGAAGGCACUGAAUUCUAUUUUGAGAGAUUGUAUUUAUGAGUGCAAGUUUACAAAUCAAAGAAGCUUUUUGUUAUCUUGAGUUUUAUAGGUAACAUUCAGCUUUUUAGCGGCUGGCUGCUGUCUCCACUGUUACCCUGUAGAGACUGCCAAGGCCGCGUCCUCCCUAGGAGGCUGGGACCAGGUCCUGCCGGCUGGGUGGUCUCCUGUCCAAUGGCCAGUGCUGACUGCCGCCAGAAUGGAAGAGGCCAAGCCAUAAUAUUACCUCCUGCCCCUCCCUUGCAGAGCCCUCACUCCUUUUCCCUCCUGGGAUUUUGUGACAGAAAGGCUGUGCUUAUAAUCUCACACAUAUACCCACUGCUUCUACCAUACCUGGCCCAGCCAGGGCCCCGGAAUCAUUUUGUUUUUCAGCAGAGUUUAUUAUGAAAAGCUCCUUCUGUUGCUCUGCAGAUAGUGUGGGGUUAAAGUGCUUGCCCCGCAUGAGCAAGGCCCAUGGCACUCAGUCCUAGGCACUUCAGAGAGAGGGAGAGAUGGAAAGAGGCUACGUACAAGCUGGGCAUGGUGCAACGCCUGUAGUGC